GACUUGUUCCAACCAGGCUCACAUCGUCCGCUCCGAACACCAUGCCCGCCGCGACGCAGCAGGCGGCGCCACCAGCCCAGGCGACACAAUAUGCGUCCGACUCGCCAUCACAGCAGGCCGCCGAGAUGAGCGUCGUGCUGUGUACUGCAGGGUACGACCACACGAUCCGCUUCUGGGAGGCAUGGAGCGGUAUCUGUUACCGCCAGAUCACGAUGCCGCCGCAAUGGAAGCAGGUCAAUCGGCUCGCGAUUAGCCCGGAUAAGACGUACCUCGCUGCCGCGGGCAACGCGAGCGUUAGGAUAUGGGACAUCCCGUCGCUCUCCAACUCGCCAAUCAUGCAGCUCGAAGGCCACACGGCCAACGUCACGGCGCUACAGUACUCUGCAGCCGGAAAGUGGAUUGUGACUGGCAGCGAGGACGGGACAGUCAAGGUGUGGGACACGAGAACAGGCCAGGUGCAGCGCACGUACAAGCACGAGGGGACGAUGGUCAACGACGUGGUCAUCCACCCGAACCAGGGCGAGCUGAUCAGCUGCGACCAGCUGGGCAGCGUCAAGAUCUGGGACCUGGGCGAGAACACGUGUACGCACGAGCUCGUGCCGGCCGAGGACGUGCCGAUUCGCAGCGUGUCGAUUGCGUCGGACGGCGGGACGCUCGUGGCCGGCAACAACCUGGGCACCGUGUUCGUCUGGCGUAUCCAGGGCGGCGCGGACAGCACCAACCUCGUGCCGGUGACGAGCUUUGUUGCGCACAACAAGUACGUCACGCGCUGUCUCCUGUCGCCGGAUACGCGCCACCUCGCCACCUGCAGCGCCGACACAACCGUCAAGCUAUGGAGCACAAAGGACUACGAGUACACGCUUGAGCGGACGCUCGAGGGCCACCAGCGCUGGGUGUGGGACGCGGCGUUCAGCGCAGACUCGGCGUAUCUUGUCACUGCGAGCUCUGACCACGCGGCGAGACUCUGGGACUUGGCCACGGGCGAGACGGUUAGGGGAUAUGAAGGCCAUCAUCGUGCGACAGUCUCUGUCGCCCUCAACGACAUCAACCUCACAUGAGAGGGGGACGAGUGUGGCGCGGAAGCAAAUUCGCCGCCUGCCACUGUGGCUGCCAGCAUUCGUGGUGGCCUUGUACCAUUUAUUCAUUCAUAGUGGCCUGUAUGCACGCGUAAUAGGAA